AUGAGAAAUUAUACAGAAGCAACAGAGUUUGUCCUCUCGGGAUUAUCAGAUGACCCAAAGCUUCAAGUUAUAAUCUUUAUCUUUCUAUUCUUCACCUACCUGCUCAGUAUCACUGGGAACCUCACCCUUAUCAUCCUGACCCUCCUGAAUUCUCACCUUCAGACCCCCAUGUAUUUCUUUCUCAGAAAUUUCUCUAUAUUAGAAAUUUCAUUUACAUCUGUCAGUAUACCCAAGUUCCUGAGCACCAUUAUUACAGGAGAUAAGGUGAUUUCUUUUAAUGAUUGCAUGACUCAGUUAUUUUUCUUUAUUCUCCUGGGAGUUACAGAGUUUAACCUUCUGACUGCCAUGUCCUAUGACCGUUAUGUGGCCAUCUGCAAACCCUUGCAUUACACUACCAUCAUGAGUCAUCAAGUCUGCACGUUGCUUGUCUUCACUUCCUGGCUAGCUUCAUUUUUAAUCAUAUUCCCAUUGGUUAUGCUAUUCAUAAAACUGAAUUAUUGUAAGUCCAAUGUUAUUGAACAUUUUGUUUGUGAUUAUUUCCCCUUACUACACCUUUCUUGCUCAGACACAAAAUUCCUAGAGCUAACAGGAUUUUCCUGCGCUAUAUUUGCUCUACUAUUCACUUUAGCAUUAAUAAUUCUGUCCUACAUAAACAUCAUCAGGACAAUUUUGAGAAUUCCUUCUACUAGUCAGAGGACAAAAGCCUUUUCCACAUGUUCUUCCCAUAUGAUUGUUAUAUCAAUCUCUUAUGGCAGCUGCAUUUUCAUGUACAUUAAUCCAUCAGCAAAAGACAGAGUGUCUUUGAGCAAGGGAGUAGCUGUACUAAACACCUCAGUAGCCCCAAUGCUGAACCCUUUUAUUUAUAGCCUUAGAAAUCAACAAGUCAAGAGAGCCUUCAUGGAUAUGGUAAGAAAGACUACAUUUUUCUCAGGCAAAUGA